AGUAAUUAUGUUGUAAAAAUGAUUAACGGGAAACGACCGCACUCACCCUCUCCGUACAGGAACGGAACGAACGGGAGUUCGAACGGUUCCAACGGUUCCGGGGGGUACGGGCACCAAGCCGAGGAUAAAUCUCUGGCCCAGACCCGACGAAACCUACCAAUAUUUCCAGCAAAGAAAAGAUUUCUUGAAGAAGCAACCAAACAUAAUACCGUAAUUUUAUUGGCUGAGACGGGUACAGGGAAAACCACACAGGUUCCUCAGUUUAUCCAUGAAGCACGGUUGGAUAGAGAGGGAUGUAUUGCUAUAACACAACCCAGACGAGUAGCAGCAAUAUCCUUAUCUAAACGUGUAGCCCAGGAAACCCAGACAGAACCUGGUGGUCUUGUGGGAUACAGGGUUAGAUUUGAAGAUGUGACAAGUAAUAGUACUAAGAUACUCUUCCUCACUGAUGGAAUGCUUCUCCGCGAAGCAAUGGUUGAUCCUUCCCUCUCAAGGUAUACUUGGAUAAUAUUGGAUGAGGCUCAUGAACGGACUGUAAACACUGAUAUAUUGUUUGUUAGGUAUACUUGGAUAAUAUUGGAUGAGGCUCAUGAACGGACUGUGAACACUGAUAUAUUGUUUGGUGUUGUUAAAACUGCGCAGAAGGAAAGAAGACCAGGGCAAAACUCAGAUCUUUCUCCAUUAAGGGUGGUUGUGAUGUCUGCUACAGUAGAUGCGGACAGGUUUGCUCAGUACUGGCAUUGUCCUGUUCUAUAUAUAGAGGGUAGACAGUUUCCAGUUAAUAUUAGACAUAUAAGCCAACCGACUGAUGACUGGCAGCGGAGUAUGAUGUCGACAAUAUUUCAAAUACACUCCACAGCUCCUGAGAGAGAGGACAUACUUGCUUUUAUGACAGGUCAAGAGGAAAUAGAAACAGCAGCGCGGCAAGCACGUAUGCUUGCGCGUGAGUAUCCGAACGCUCCUCGGCUGGUUGUGUGCACCCUUUACGCUGCUCAGUCUUGUGAUAUUCAACAGAAUGCUCUGCGGCCAACACAGGCUGGAGGCAGGAAACUGGUCCUUGCAACCAAUAUUGCGGAGACAAGUUUAACCAUCCCUGGAAUAAAACACGUGGUGGACUCCUGUAGGGUUAAAGCUAAGGCCCACCAGGCUAAAGUUGGACUAGACAUGCUGAAGGUUGUGAAAGUGUCCCAGGCUCAGGCCCUGCAGAGGACAGGUCGAGCUGGCCGGGAGAGGGAUGGAGACUGCUAUAGACUACUCACUAAAGUAGAGUAUGAUCAACUACCUAGAGCAACGGUUCCAGAGAUAUUGAGAUCUAACCUGGCCAGCACAAUUCUAACAAUGAUGAAUAUAGGUAUUAAAGAUGUUCCUAGUUUUGAUUUCAUGGAUCCUCCUAAACCUGACAGUUUAAACUCCGCCCUUCGUCAGCUGUCUCUCCUUGGAGCUGUUGAACUAAGUGGAGGAGGGACAAGGCUUACCCAGCUGGGGGAGAAAAUGGCAGGAUUCCCUCUAGAUCCAAGAUUUACCAACUGUCUGUUGUCUGCAGAACAGCUAGGAUGUACGGAGGAAAUGUUGUCUAUUGUAUCCUUGCUCACUGCAGAGAAUGUUUUUCAGGUUCCAGGGCCCCGGGAUAAACGGGAGGAAGCGGACAUGGUACAUAAGAAGUUUGCUACUAGCGAAGGAGAUCUAAUAACUUUAUUAAAUGUGUGGAGAGCAUAUAGGAAUGGUCCUAAGACCCCGGGUUGGUGCAGAAGCCAGUUCUUGAUUCCCCGACAUCUGACCUUUGCUCAGGAUGUCAGGAAACAACUUGUCGGGAUCUGUCAUAACGCCGGUGUUGCUAUACAAUCCUGUAGAGAUAUGGAAGUAGUGCGGCAAGCAGUAGCUCGUGGACUCUUCAUGAAUGUUGCACAGCUCAGUGCUGAGGGUCAUUAUGUUGCACUGGACAGUGGUCAACACGUUCAUAUUCAUCCUAGUAGUGUUCUCUUCAGGAAGAAACCUGAGAUUGUAACCUAUACAGAGAUGGUGGCAACUAAUAAAACCUAUAUAAGAGGACUAACUAUUGUAUCAGAGGAAUGGUUGAGUGAACAUCAAGCAGACUAUUUCAGGAGUCACAGAAUUACAAGAUGAAGAAAUAUCUUCUUCAGAAUUGGAACAUUUCAGAUUCCAUCGAUUUGAUUUCACAUGUGAUAUUUAAAUUUGCAUAUUGUACUUUUUACUUGAAUAUUAGGUUUUGUAAAAUAAGGAUUUGGCAACAAAAUCUCAUUGAAAUAUGAAACAUAAGAUUGGAACUUUUGUGAAGAUCAUUAACCCUUAAUCUCGAUAUCCAACGUGUUCAUCACUAUUAAAGGGAGUGUUCACGAAAAAUGAAAGGGGGUAUUGGCGAUUAUUUUUCGCCAUAAGCCAAGACACCCUUUCAUAUUUCACGAACACUCCCUUUAAAGAGGAUAUUAAUCCAAAGGUCUGAACAAGGUCAAAUCUUGAUUCAGAGAUUCUCAACACAAAAAUUCUAAUUUUUGAAGGAUAUAUAAAAAACAGCAAAUCUUUUCUAACAUUUAUAUGUAAUUGCACCUUUUUCUUUCUAAAAUGACUUACCCAGUCUGUCAUCAACUUUAAAAUUUACCUCAUAGAAGGAACAAACUGUUCCCUUUCAGUCAUCAGCGAUCGAUAUUGUUAAUUUUUUUCUAGAAAAAAA